UAGGAGACAGCAAGCGGGCGAAACUUCAACACAGCAAUGAACACAAUGAGCUGGAUAAACGAACUAAUGGGAUGACAUUAAUAUUAGAUGGGACGUGCAGAGGGAUUUCCUCGGUGGAGUACAAUAGCAUAAGGUGGUCUCGAGGACUGCGCAUUAAAGUAGUUCAAACCGUAAGAGAGCGUGACCUGGUCGAUUGCUGUAUGUCUGUGAAACACCUGUUAAUCCCUAUAGAAUAGUGAGGCACACGAUUUUGCCAGUAUCAGCAGUUUAUUUCUGACAUUAUUGGUAGAUUGAACUGUGUUUAAUUUUUUAGAUUUAAUAUGAAAUGUAAUCAUGUAUACCUUGCAUUGUUUGUUGUUUGAUUAAUUUUAUGCGAUAGGUUACAUGCUUAUUGAGUUCAACUAAAAUGACAGGUGAUUUAUCAUUCUCGAAUGUGUUUUACUAUAAAUUAGCCUUUUACUGUUUACCUAAUAUAAGCCAGAUUGAUAGGCUUCUUGCAAGUUCGCGUGCUACAUAAGUGACAAACUAAUACCAGUUUUUUUAAUUUACAUACGAUGAACUACCUAUUCAUUAACAAUUAAUACGCCUAGUGUCUGUUGCAGCCUGCUGAAUUAACAAUUCAACAAAACAAGACCUUGCUGUUUUGCAAAUAUAAAUAGGCCUAUUCUGCGCUGCAUUUACGACUGAACCCUAAAAAUACCACUGCUGUUACAACACUGAAACAUAAUUAUUUGUUAGCUACUUUGACACGACCGACGUGAGCUGGACGUGGCAAGCCUCUGCGGCUCUACUUAGUCAGAUGGCCGCAGGUGCCCCAGACGGAGCUCGCGCUGCGGGCUAACCAGGUGGUUUGUCCCUUGGCACACAAAGCUCGCGCCAAUGCCGCUGCCGAAUUGGCUUAGCUUGGCACGGCUCGGUCUGUUAUCAGUGUGCGCAUGGACAUGGUUAUUGGCUGGUGCAUGCGGGCCGGGCCCUGGCAUUGGCCUCCGACCAAAGAUGCGGAAGCUGACCCCAAUGCCUUACAAGCACUUCGUCCCUAAUUUUUCGGAGAACAAUUUGGGUGCCAGUGGCAGAGCAGAAGGCAAAAUCACGCGCAACUCGGAACGGUUCAACGAACUAGUUUGCAACUACAACCCAGACAUCAUAUUCAAAGACGAGGAGAACACGAAGGCCGACAGAUUCAUGACAAAGCGGUGUAAGGACUGCCUGAACAGGCUGGCCAUUGCCGUGAUGAACCAGUGGCCCGGGGUUCGACUGCGGGUCACCGAGGCGUGGGACGAGGACGGCCACCACCCCCCAAACUCCCUGCACUACGAGGGCCGCGCGGUCGACAUCACCACCUCCGAUCGCGACGCCAACAAAUACGGCCUGCUGGCCCAGAUGGCGGUGGAGGCUGGGUUCGACUGGGUGCACUACGAGUCAAAAUCUCACGUGCACUGCUCCGUCAAAGCCGAUCACUCGGUUGCCGUGGAGAAGGGGGGCUGUUUCCCGGGCUGGGCGCGGGUGAGCACGGCGAGCGGGGAGUGGAGGAACAUGUCGUCCCUGCGGCCCGGAGAGGAGGUCCUGGCGCUGUCCGGUUCGGGUCAGCUGGUGCUCAGCCGGGUGCUGCUCUUCCUGCACCGGGCCCCCGGCCUGCGGGCCCGCUUCCUCACCAUGGAAACCGAGGGCGGCGGGCGGCUCUCGCUCACGCCCUCCCACCUGGUCUUCCUGGCUCCGAACCGCACGCUCCACCCUGCGCGGUACCAGGCCCGGUUCGCCAGCCGGGCGCGGCUGGGCCACUACGUGCUGCUGCGGGGCGAGGGCGGGGUGCGGCCGGGCCGGAUCGUCUCCCUGACCUGGACGGAAGGGAGGGGGGUGUACGCCCCGCUCACGGAGCACGGCACCCUCUUUGUGGACGGGGUUCUGGCCUCCAGCUACGCCGUGGUGGAGGACCAUUGGCUGGCGCACCAGGCCUUCUCCCCGCUCAGGUUGCUGAUGCCCCUCCCACAGCUGGGCCACGCCCCCUAUUCCACUGACCCCUCCGUGGGGGGCGACUGGCUGAAGCAGACCCCCGCUGGCUCAGGGUCACCCGGGGGUUGGACGGUUCCUCUCCGCUUGGACAGAGGUGGGACUGGCGGGGACCGUGUGGCAGACGAUGGGCAGGCGGUGCACUGGUACGCCAGCCUGCUCCACACCCUGGGGCGCCUCCUUCUGGACCCCGAGAGCUUUCACUCCUAAAGAACUGGCCCCCGUGACUCUCUGAAACUCAUGGCCAGAACUUCCCAGAGCUCUGAGACUCUGCCCCGCCCAGCGGUGAACAAUGUUCACUCUCUCCUUCAACCGUGCUAACCCCCUCAUUAAACACAGGAUACAGGAAGUUCAUACUUCAAGUUUUGUUCCUUUUCUUUGCUGAAUCUUUACUCUGCUCACAUGUGCAUCGUAUUUGCAUAGCCUUACAAAGAUACACAGUUUCCGCAUCUGAGCUUGAAGCAAAGUCUCCAACAGCGGCUGGAGAAUAAGCAUUAUCAGACUGAUGGUUAAACUGUACAGACACCAUGUAAAUCUAGACACACAAGCUCCAAUUUUGUGGCCAAAGGCUCUGGAAGGUAAUAAUGUUCACACCUGAUAUUAAUUGGUUUUCACGUUUCAAAAACAAGACUUCCCAUUUCUUACUGUAACUGACCAAAUAAUAUUGUGCAUUAUUAACAUAAAACAGCAGUGCCUUAUACAUAUAUUUAUUUUACACUAUAAACUAAAACAGUGGAAAGGUAUGACAUUUAAAUAUGCUUUUUUUAAAAUAAAAAAUGUUCUAGAGAUGAGGAAAAUGAAUUAUGGGCUAGUACCAACAAAUGCUUUAUUUUUUUACCUUUGGAAUCAUAAUAUAUAGAUAUUAAAUGUAUCAAUUUAUAUUAAUUAUUCUGUUUAAUGAUGACCUUACAUGUUAUGUGUCAUUCAUGUGUCAUAUCAGUGUCUUUAAGGUGUCAUUAAAACGAACAAUAAUAAUAAUAAUUGUUUUUGUAAAGAAAACUCCUGUUUUAAUUGGAUUGUUUUGUGCUGUUUGUGCUGUUGCGGGUACUGCAGUGUGUAUAUCAUUGCAAGGAUAUUAUUAAAAACAUAUUCUAAAGUUCAUAUAGCUCGAACAAGGUAUAA